UUCUCAAACAUCGCAAAAUGGGACAUUCUCGCGAAAAGUUUAUGAUCCUUCAAAAUAUGCCAACGAUCCUGUCGAGGAGCACUCGCGGGAAGAAACCAGACCUGUUUCCUCUUUCGCUCACGUCAACAUCGUGAAGUGGAAGUUUCAAGGAAGCCCGCGUUCUCAAGGCAUGAAAAUCCCGUACAAAUGAAACCUAAACCACCGAAACUUCCAAUAUCUUUUGCCUAUCAAUUGAAACCGCCAUCAAGGGCAGUAGAUAAUGUUGUACGCCUUCGUACAAAGCUUAUAGCCAUUUAUGCUAAGUAUUAUAGCGUCAAUGCCAGGAAAACAAUUACAGUUGAUGAUGAGGAUGAAAGAAAAUUAAAAGCCGCUUCUCCAAGUAAAUCGCUCCAUGAGAAACCGCUUCUGAAAUCAACUAAUGCAAAGUCGGUCAAUUUUCCUUCGUCACAGGACAGAGAAUUGCAAAAAUCGUCUACAACUUUUCGAAAGCAACCAUUGGCGAUGGCUGUUGAGGAAAAAUCAAAAGUGAUUCCUGAAAAUUUCUCAAAAGGAAUCGCCAAUGUUGAAAAAACCUCGAGCCGUUCUUCACCAAGGUCUUUUGAUUUGUUAAAUGAUCACUGGAUAAAGAAAUGGAGAGAGACCUUGAGUGCAGAGUCUUUAGAACAACAACGAAUGAUUGCUAAAGAAAAACUUCGACUUGAAGCCAUACCUGAAGAGAAAGAUGAUUUGGAAAUCAUAUCCCAACAGGUGAAAGAUAGAAUGUUCGGUAAACAGAAAAUUGAACAGGAAAAGAUCUAUGCGCUUCCAGAGCUGACAGAUGAAAUGAAUCGCGUUAUUGACAAGGCCCUGGGUCAUGGUGCAUACAAUGAGCUUCUCGUGGAGCUUUCUAUUGGUCGGAUGACUAGAGCUGACAUCAUAACGUUGAGACCUCAAGCAUGGCUUAACGACGAGGUCGUGAACGCAUAUUUCCAUAUGAUUGCCGAGCGCAGUAAAAAAACUGGAGUUAGCGUUCAUGCUUUUAAUACAUUUUUUUAUCCAAAACUGAUUAAAACUGGUCAUACAAGUUUGCAGCGCUGGACUAAAAAAGUUGAUUUAUUUUCGUUGGACAUCGUGUUAAUACCGAUUCAUCUUGUUGUACUUACGUAG